AAAAGUUGCAGGUUAAUCAGUAUAUCACGGGCGAGCGUCUACAGUGCGUAAUUAUUACUGGUAUUACUGUUUACGUUUUGGCUUCAAGAUGAAAUUAAAGCAAGAAACACUGUUCUAUGCCAUCCUCCUACUUCUUGCAAUUUCUGCUAAAGGAUAUGAAGAUGUUAAUGAGUGUCUGGACCAGAAUGGAAACUGUCAAGAUAUAUGUGUGAAUACUAAUGGAAGUUACCACUGCGCCUGCUCAGAUCCAGAGUUCAGCGUUGCACCAGACAAGCGACAUUGUAUCGCCGAGGGAGUGGAAGUAGACUGUGGCCAGGACGAGAUGACUAUCACCCUGCCCAAGUCCCUCCUCUUAGGUCUUGACCGUGAGCAUCUGAGACUAAUAGAUGCGAAAUGCACAGCCACUGAAAACAAGACUCACUUUUUCCUUCAAACCAAAACCGGAGAAUGUGGUACAAUUCUGAAGCAUACCAAGGAUCACGCCAUAUACAGCAACAUGGUUUCGGAAAUCCCCAUAAAAGAGAAGCAGAUCGUGACCCGCGUGCGCGAUGCUAUGAUCCCCUUCCACUGCUACUACUCCAAGUGGGGUGUGGUGUCCUCCAUUGGAAUCAGACCAUCGAGCGAGAAGAUUGUUUUGUCUUCAAAGGGAUAUGGAAAGUUCACUCUCAGACUGGAUUUGUUCAGGAGUCCGCAAUUCACUGCACCUUUCUCUCAAGAUGAUUUCCCUGUUGAGUUCAGAAUCCGUGAACGAGUUUACUUUGAAGCGAGUGUCGACACUAUUGAUUCAAAACUGACAAUUUUAGCCCUGGAAUGCUAUGCCACUCCCUCUCAGGACAGGAAUUCCCAACCCAGAUAUGAUAUUAUUAAAGACGGUUGUUCGGUCGACGACGAUGACACACUACAAUUCCAUUCCAGCUUCAACAACAGGUCUCAGCGGUGGAGCCUUGAGGCCUUUCAAUACGUCAGCAAACACCCGUAUGUAUUUUUCCAUUGCCGGGUCCAAAUCUGUAACGUUACGGAUCCUACCUCAAGAUGUGCACAAGGCUGCAUAGAGAGAAGGCGAAGAAGCGCGAAGAUCCUUCAUGACAACCCGGAUGACAUAUAUGCUUUAGCCCAGGGUCCUCUUGCCCUGAACCGAGAGAAGAAAGAAGCAGAAGUCGACGACGCGGUUGCCUUGGAUAAGAGCACGCUCAAAGUCAAGACAGGUUUCCACGUGCCAGUUUUAGUUUCGUUGGGUGUGCUCGUCAUAUUUUGCGUGGUGGGAAUGAUAUGGCUGAAGGUCACUUCGAACAAAGAGAGAGUCGCAAAGCAGUUCAUACCACUUUACGAGGACCUGCAGAAGUGAUAACGUCACAGAGAAGUUUCUGACCACAAUUACCGAGUGUUGAACCAAUUCUAGUUAAAACGUGUGUCUCGUAGUUAACAAUUGCAGGCAUAGAAGUAAAGUUAAAAAGGAGAGGAUUACUCUCGAUGCCAAGUCGUUCUUAUAAUUUUUCAGAAAGAUUCGUGUUGUUUUUACCAAAUCAGUAGAAUUUCAAACACUUUCAGUUCCGUAACCUGUUUAUCGUUGAUUUUAUAAUUCAUCCAACAAGAAUUGUGUUAGAAAAUUAACAAUUUUUUUGUUUUCUAUAGAAUUACUUUCGUGGAAAUAUCGUUAUAUCUUGGUACAAUUAAUUUUUUUCUGGAGAUAUUUUGCUUUUAAUUAUAGGAUAACUAAACUAGUGAGCGCGCUCUGAUCAGUGCAAAAACCAGUGCUCAUUGAACUGGUUAACCCGUAGCUGCUUUAUGAAAAUAAUAAAUGCAGGACUUAUAACUUACUUGUGAUAACUAUAAAUCAGGCUUACAAAAGUAACGGCUAACACUUUAAGAAAAAAGACUACGGGAGAGGCAAAUAAGACAAUGCCAAGCAUAAGCCAAGGAAAAGUGGUUUCUCCUAAUAGCCACGAGUAGCCUGGACGAUACUAACAAUAAAGUAGUAUUUGUUGGU